ACAUUAUUAUCAGUACGGUUAUCACGUAUCAGAUUAUUAUUUAUCACAUUUUCCAUUUUUUUAAUAAAUAGACUAGGGUACAUUGUGUAGAACGUGUUUUCUAAUUUUCUUAAAUAUUUAUGUUUUUGAAAUCAUCAAGAUAUUAUAAGAUAAAUAAUGAUGCAGUCUUUAGUAAACACCCUGAAAUUUUCGUAUUCAAAAAUCAACAUACAACCAGUUCGUUAUCGGUAUUGGAAAGAUCAACAAGGCGCUCGACCAUUAAUUAGACGAUAUGGUUAUAAUGAUGAUAAAAUUCUCCAGUCAGGAUUAUUGCCACGAUCAGCCGAUGAAAAAAAUAAAUUACCAAUGCCCAUAUACAGACCUAAAGAUGUUUGGAAUGAACGCAGAGCUCUUUUUGGACAAAAUGAUUACAUUGAUAUUUUAGGAGAUGAUUCUGUGCAUCCUGUCCGAGUACUAUACAAUGUACCAUCUUGGUUGAGAGGAGUAAAAGGCAAUGAAUUUCAAAUAUUAUUAAGAAAGAGAAAAAUGUUACAACAUGGUGUAUAUCCAUUGGCCAGACCAACUAAGUGGAGCCAAAUGCAAAAGAGAAUCAAAUAUUUGUAUACUUUCUUGAAUAGAAAAACUAGAACUGGAAUGGAAAAAUAAUAACUUAAUAUGUUAAGCAAUAUAAAAAAAUAGUAUUUAAAAUGAUUUGUAUUUUGUAUAAACAGAGAAAAACUUAAAUAAUGGACACCGAGCAUUUAUGAAAUCAUUUAAAGUUGUAGAUACUAUUAAUUAUUAUUACGCCAUCUUCUGUCAAAAAUUUGAAAAAAUUCAAUUCAAAUUUUUCAAAAAAUUACAAUAUUAGGUUGAUGUAAAUAUAUAUAUUUAAAAAUUA